CGAUUCACCGCACCUGUAUAGUUUUAUACCAACCGAGUGGGUUGGUUCUGACGGAAGUUGUACCGGUAUAAUUUCCGCCUGGCGAAGAAUCCUUCGUUGAAAAUGUGAAUUCGUUGAUUAAUUUGUGAUUAUCCUGUCUAAUAGUCUAUAUAUUUGAUCAUUUGAGAUUGGAUUCUUUUCGAACGAGAUUGUGAGCAUGGCAACUGGACACAUUCUACCGGGUUAUGGGAACCCCGUAUCACGAUUCCGGUCGAAAUCAGCCGACCCAACCAUGACGGGGUACCGGUACCGUACUCCGGGAGGUACCGCGCUGGACGCCCCGGAGUAUCAGGCGAUCAAAGCCGAUGCGAGGGAUGCGUGGACUGAAGAUCAAAUUGAUUGGAAUAAAACACCUCAUAAGAAGCCCACGACCUACGCACAUAGUUUUUACAGGAAGGAGAAUGUGACGGAAGAAAAACUGGCCGAAAUGAGACCAACCUCUCCUCUUAGAAGAAAUAAACCCCAUCCCAAAAAUGUGUUCCUGACUUGCAAUCUCCAGAAGGUACCCGGUUACCAUGACGCCCAUGCAGCGAUGGGGAAAGAACUGGGCACGGUUCAUGGCUUUCAGAAUCCUGAUACCACAAUCAGAGAAGAUGUUUACCAAGUUGAUUCCUUAUGUUCACCAGCUGAGCAGAGGGAUAGAUCUCAUCUCAGGCACAAGUACAUGGCAAGACCACGCACUGCAGGUGUGCUUGCAUAUCACACAGACUCGAGUACAAGAAGAGUCAUCAAUGAUCCUUGGUCUGCACAGGCAGCUGAAGCCUGGAUGAAGCUAGCUAAUGAGAGAGAUCGUAAGGCUGUGCGUAACAUGAUAGAGAGGGCAAGUGUAAGGGGGCUCCAGAUCAGCCAUAGAGACCACCGGGAACCUGUCCCUCACAAGGCCUCGUCGCAUCGUUUCCUGAAGGCAGCAGGAGCAGGGGAAGCAAAAUCCGUGGAUAGGCUCAUGCAGACCCUGAACAGCAAACCAAAAUCUGUCCCGAUGAGCGGCCCUCAUUAUCACAUCACCGACUACAGCAAUCUCACGGAGCCAAACUACAUCCGGGUCAACCCCAAACAUGUGCGCACAGAUUAUGUAAUACACCCAGGCUUUCAUCCUUGAGGGCACGUGCAAACACACACUGAUUUCUAUACAAACAUCCUGGAUACCUCAUUGCAUGACUCUAUGGGGGGCCAUAUUGGUACUCCCAACCUACAUGUACUUGUGUAUUGUAGAAUUACAUAUGUACAGUUAAACCUGUCUAUUAAGGAUACCCAUUGGAAAUGGAAAAGUGGUCACUGGAGACGGAUAGCAGUUAUAGACAGCUUCUAUAACACAUUACAUAACUUUAUGGCGACCAUCUUGGUACCCCCACCCUUCUUGUUUUUGUGUGAUACAGUCAAACCUGUCUAUUCAGAACACACUUAGGAAACAGAUAAAUUGGCCACUUGAAAUCGAUGACAGUUUUAGACAGGCUCUGUAACACAUUCCAUUCAAAUGGGAGACAAUAUUAAUGGCCACUAAAGACAGGUUCUUACUACAGACAGUUGGCCUGUCUGUACCUUGUCUUUUACAUGUAUUCUUUUUGAAUGGAAGAUGAUUUAGGUGGCCACUAAAGACAGCUAGGUUCUUAUAUCCUACGAACUGGUAGCUGCUAAUUCAGUUUUGACUAUAUCUUCAUAUGCUUCUACAUGUAGGUGAAAUUGCUCAUGUACAGUUUGUGAACUGAUGAUGUUUGAGGUUUCAGGCUCUUGAUGCUCGUCAUUAAUUUGCAGGCAUUUUCUUUUGUCUUUCGCACAAAUGCGUGAAAAAUGUGCAUUCAUCGUACAAAUAAUUUUGGUGUCUUGCUUAUAGUCUGUGCUGCGCCGAAAGCUGCUGUGUUUUUCAUAAAUGGUUAGUGUAUGGAUUAGAGUGAUUGAAUGUGGGCGCCAUGGUUUGGUGGUUCUGACUCUUGUCUUUAAAUCAGAGGGACAUGGGUUUGGAUCCCAGCCAUGGCGUGUUUCCUUCACAGCAAACAUUUACCCACCUAUUCUGCGGCACGUCACCCAGGUGAGGUGAAUGGGUACCUGACAGGAGUAAUUCCUUGAAUGCAACAGCUCAAGCUAAACCCGAGGCACCUUGGAAAAGAUUAUUCAUAAAUAGAUGGCACUCUAUAAAUGCCUAUGUAUUGAUGCAUGGACGUUAAAACCCUAUAGCACAAAAUGUAUGAAUUUUGACGGCAGCUCAGAAAAAGCUGUAUUUUUAAAUUAUGGCAUUGGUGGGUCCUCAGGGUGUCUAAAGGCUACCACACACCUUACGACUGGUCUACUACCCAUUUGAGGAACAAAAUUAUGGCAUUUUAAAUCAUUUCUAAGCAUAUCAACAUACAAAAUCUUUCGAGAGGUGCAGGAUAACAAUAAGAACCCUUUUAUCAACAUUUUUAAUAAUUGCAAUGAACUCUUCAGAUAAAUUUGCUAACCAUCGUAGAUAAUUGUAUGAUUGCUGUGAUAUCAUUGCAAUUCUCAAUUCAAUUUGCCUUAAUAACUAUGAAGAGAAAUGAAAUAGCAAUUAGUAUUUGAUGAUUCAGAAAUUUUUGUAUCUUGUUUGUUCAUGAUUUAAUCUUCUCAUUGAAAAAUUUGGUCGAAGGUCAAUUGAAAGGUGUGUGGUGACCUUCAUAAUGGUCUCUCAAUUCAUGUAGAUACCCCCUCCUUGGCAAAAAGGCUAACUUCUAAUGUCGGAAGUCUGGCAAACUCCUGGGUUGCCCUCUAAGUGUCUUCUUAUUGAUAAACUUGAACAUCGCUUGUAGAUGCAGCAGUACAAUUAUCUGAAGUGGUUUUAUGCAAUAUGGCAAUCUUAUUCCGUGAAGCUUAUUAAGUGAUGCAUAUCGUGCAAAGGAUAUCAUUUUGUAUGAAAGUAUAAUAUUUGGAUGUUUAUAUAUGCAUAUUUAUAUAUAUAUUUGCAGAUAGUUUGUAAAUAAUAUGGAUUGGCUUUGAGAGAGAUGACCAAUUAAGACUUCAGUCUCAAUAUUUUUCUUUAGAAAAAUACCAUUGUUGAACAAGUUACUUGUAUAUUAAAGUCGAGGCAAUUUCUUUAGACAAUUCUAUGCAAAAUUUGUAUUUAAUAUUUUCAAACACACGUGGCACGUUGAGAAUUUUGUGUAGGUGUUAAUAUGUGUAUGAUCUAUUGAAAAGAUUAGCGUAGUGUUGUGUAGACUGUCAUGUGAGCAGAUAAUCAUAUUAUGUCUGACAUGAAAUUUCAUCACUGGCUUGCUUGGGUAGGUAGUGAGAUACAUGUACAUGUAUAGCCAUUGUCAGCAUCAACAUCAAAUCAAAGUUAAGUUUUUGUUAUGUCAUCUUAAUUAUUGAGGAUCAUGUCAGGGCAAUGUGUUACAAUAAUUGAGACACAUGGACAAAUAAUUAGUCAUUAUUAUGAACAAUUUUUUAUUAAUAAGGUGAAAGAAAUCAGAAAUGGCUUGCAUAGGAGAUAUACUACGUCAGUUCUUCAAUAUUUCAAACGAUUAGUCCACAAUGCUGACGAUGAUGUUGAAGAUUGAUCGUAGUCUCUGAAAUGUGAUAAAAUGUACAUUAAGACAAAGUGAAUGGCGACAAACAGUUGGGUUUCAGCAAUCACUGGGUUAAAAUUGUUCUCCCCAACAGGUUGACCUUAUUUACUGAGAAUAACUGUGUUUUUGUAUACUACAAUAAAUCACAUGUAUCUACUUAUUCAUGCUAAGUCGCCCCUGAAUUCACCUCAUUCGAACCAAUGCAAGUUGUCCAAAGUGCACACAUUAGUCCAUCCUUGAAACUUUGCAUAUUAAUUUCAUGAACUGGCUUCAAAUUAAGUUGAAAUGCAUAUAGAUAUUCAGUAAUUUCUAGAGAGCAGAGCUAUUAACUGUUGUCACGUAUGUGUUGUGUUAUACCACAAAAAUUUGCAAAGGAAACAGGACACAUGUUUCAUCAAACAACUGGAUUUGAGUAUUUAUGAAGUAUAUCUUUCUUGUCAACUGAAGUGGAAUUAAGUAGAAUAAUUAUGUCAGUCAUCUGAACAAAUUAAAAUAAAAGAUGUAUGUUUAUAAAUCA